AUGAAUGGGCUGACAAACAUCAACGCAGAAAAGAAGGCCUAUCUGGUUAAGCGAGUGAAGAAGCGAUUCGACUUCAUGUACGGGGAUGCGCAUGGCAUGGGUUACCUAUUGGAUCCACGAUAUCUCGGCGAUAAGAUGUCGCACACACUAUGCAAGGAAACAGAAGAUUUCAACUUCCCUACAGCAGACGGCAGCAUGUGUAAGGAGAGAAAACAGAAAUUGGCUGAGGAGUACACAGCCUUCCGCAUUGAUGCACUCCAGGAAAGAGAGAAGAACGGAUUCUGUUUUAAGAUGAUAGGCAAAUCUAAAACGGUGUUGCAGUGGUGGAUGGCAGAUGGCACAGAAUGGCCGUUGCUACAGAAUCUUGCGCUCUGUGUCUUUGCAAUGGCAGCGUCGUCCGCAGCAUCAGAGCGCAAUUUUUCUACAUUUGGGUUUAUCCACAGCAAACUGCGCAAUCACCUGACUCCAGAAAAGGUCAAGAAGUUAGUCUACAUAAAGGCGAACACCUUACAGAUGUCAGAUAAACUUUGUGAAAGCUACGAAUGUGCGGAAGAUGAUGAGGAACUUGAAACAAUGGAAAUCGAUGAGGACUAG